AUGGUAGCUCGAUGUAAGGAAGGACCAAUCAACACCUAUACAACAGCAAAAAUUGAGCUUGAAUCCGACAGUAAACCCCAACUAGUAACAUUAGAGAAUAUGCCAAGACGGGUACAGUUCUCGGGAGAGCAUAAGAUUCAUGAAAUCCCUCACAUUGACGACUUAAGUGAUGAGGAGAUCGAGCAAGUCUGGAUGAGUCCCGAUGACUUCAAGGACAUUCGAAGAGAGUGCCAAAAAAUCAUUAUGAUUAUUGAACAUGAUAGCAGCCUUUUAGAAGGUAUGGGGAUAGAGCUGCGGGGAUUAGAGCAUCACAUGGUGAAGCAAAGAAAGCAUAUUGAGGGAAUCCAAGAGUUGCUGUACGACACAGUCGACCGACUCAUGUGCUUCCACGACGAGACAUCAAUGGACGUGGGAGACAUGUUGGCAGAGAUGUGCCAAAAAAUAUCAUCAAGGUCUGAAGCGCUGGCACGGCAGAUAGGAAUACAAGAUGAGGAGAUCGCUAAAAAAUUGUGA